GUGUAUCCUGAACGAAGGGGCGCCAGAAUAAAACGAAAGCGCAAGCAGUCGCGAUUAAGCGCAUCAUGCCUGGCAAGUCGGACGACGAAGAGCUAUCAGGAAGUGAAGAGGAGGAAGUAUCCGGGAGCGAAUCUGGUAGUGGCGAAGAAGAAGAGGAAGAGGAGGAGGAGGAAGAAGAAGACGAGGCUGCGAAGCCGCCCAAAGCCGACAAGAAGCAGCCGUCGUUCAAAGACAAGGCCGUCGACGACGUGAAAGAACGCCCGCUCCAAAACCAGCCGUUCGACGCCGCGGUGGAUGUGAGCGACAGUGAGAGCAUCACAGACGCACAGUCCCCCAAGAAAGAGAGCGGAAAGACGUUGAAGAACCAGCCAUUCGACGAGGCGCUCGAGUUGUCCGGAAGCGUGAACGACUUGGAGCUGCCUACCAAGGACGCCGCGCCCAAGAAGGAGGCCAAGGAGUUGGACAAGGUCGAGGAGAAGAAACCAUUGGUUGAAAAGGGUGCGGCGGCGGCGUCUACAUCGACAGCGGCCGCUCCCAAGAAAUCGACAAACGCGCCGCCUGAAAAAGGCGAAGUCAAGAACAAGCCGUUCGACGAAGAAGUCGAUUUGAGCGAUUCCGAGGCGAGUGUCGACACGUCCGGCGCGCCAUCUCCCGAGAAGCCCAAGCCGGAGAAGCGAUUGAGCAUGAACCAGACGUUGCAGACAAUGCCCAAGGCUGCGACGGACAAGGCGGCGGUGGCGGCCGUGGACGAGAAACCCCCCAAGGACGUGAAACCUGCAAACCCUUCAGCGGCAUCAUCCAAAUCUCAACCUUCGUCCAAGGACUCUAAAUCUGCUUCAGCAUCGUCAUCGUCAUCCAAGAAGAAGAAGAAGAACCACGAAAGCUCAUCCGAAGGAUCCGAAGACGACGACGAGGACGACGAAGACGACGAGGACGAAGACGACGAAGACGACGACGACGACGAGGCGACCGGUGGCGGCGGGAACGCUGCCGCGUCAAGCGGAUCCGCCGGCGGAGGAGCGGCGAUCGGCGGCAGCGGCAUGGGCGUCGUUCCCGGCGCGUACAAAGAGAGCGACUUUGCGCAUUUAAAGGUCACGCAGGACAUCCGAGAGCUGUUCCAGUACAUCGGUCGGUUCAAGAGCCAAGACAUCGAGCUCGAGACGCGGCUCAAGUGCUUUGUGCCCGAGUACAUCCCGGCCAUCGGGGACAUGGACACGUUCUUGAAGAUCCCGCGGCCAGACAACGAAGCGGACCAGCUGGGGCUCAAGGUGCUCGACGAACCGACGAUCGCGCAGAGCGACGCGACGGUGCUGGACCUGCAGCUGCGCGCCACGUCCAAGAAGAAGCACGGCGAUAUUGUCGUGCGGUCCAUAGAGCACGCAGAGAAGAACGUCAAGGAGAUCGACCGGUGGAUCAAAAGCAUCGCGGAUUUGCAUCGCACCAAGCCGCCGCCCCAAGUGCAUUACACCAAGACCAUGCCAGAUAUUGAGACCCUCAUGCAGGUGUGGCCAGACGAGUUUGAAGAGCUGCUGGCCAAAACGCAGCUGCCCCACGCCGACUUGGACGUGACCGUUGACCAGUACACGCGGGUGAUUUGUGCGAUUCUCGAUAUCCCCGUGUACAAGAACGUGUACGAGUCGCUGCACGUGCUCUUCACGUUGUACUUGGAGUUUCGGAGCAACCAGCACUUUAUGAACUACGAAGUGGACAACACGGCAAUGUCGUCGGCGUCUGCCCUUGGCAACAUGGACACUGGUGGGAAUCGUAGUCCGAUGGUCGCAGAAAGUAAAUAACAUGCCAACCACGAAGAAUUCAGUACUAUCUUCACCAACGACACAAAGGUGGAGAUAGGUAGGCACCUGAUUUACAUGCAACACUUCGCUCCAGCAUAUAUAUAUAUAUAUAUAUAUAU